UGUAAAGGAGGAGUGUCGUGCGCAGAUAUAACACACCUGUGUAAAGGGUGCUGCUGCUCUCAGUACCUGCGGAACCUCUGAGCUCCACACAGAACCCGAAAGCUGUCUGUCGUCUCAGCUCUGUUGAUAAUCUAACCAGGACUUCCGCAACAGCACCAUGGUGAAUCACCCUGAAUUUCAGAAGGCAGGAAAGCAGGGAGGCCUACAGGUAUGGAGGGUUGAAAAUAUGGACUUGGUGCCUGUGCCUCAGAAUCUGCAUGGCGGGUUCUACACAGGUGACACUUAUCUUGUCCUCAACACCAUCAAGCAGAACUCCGGCCAUCUACAGUACGACCUGCACUUUUGGAUAGGUGAUGCGUGCACCACGGAUGAGAGUGGGGCAGGUGCCAUCUUUUCUGUCCAAAUGGAUGAUUUCCUGGGAGGGAAACCUAUCCAGUACAGAGAAGUCCAGGGAUAUGAGUCAAAAACCUUUGUGGGUUACUUCAAAUCUGGCCUUAAAUACAUGCAAGGUGGAGUUGCUUCUGGGUUUAAACACGUAGCUUCCAAUGAAGUGGACGUGAAGCGCGUUCUCCAUGUGAGCGGCAGACGGGUCGUUCGUGCCAUUGAGGUGCCGGUGAGCUGGGACAGCUUCAACCAGGGCGAUUGCUUCAUCCUCGAUUUGGGAAAGGAAAUCUACCAGUGGUGCGGAUCCAAGUGUAACAGAUUUGAGAGGCUGAAGGCCACCAACGUCUCCAAAGAUAUCCGUGAUAAUGAGCGGUGCGGACGAGCGAAACUUCUCGUAUGUGAGGAAGGAUCAGAACAUGAAAACAUACUAUCGAUUCUUGGACCCAAGCCUGACCUUCCUGAUGCACAGGCUGAAGACACUAAGACUGAUGUGUCCAACAGACAGUUGGCCAAGUUGUACAAGGUGUCAGAUGGCAGUGGAAGCAUGUCUGUCUCUUUGGUGUCUGGAGAGAAUCCCUUUUCCCAAAGUGAUCUACUGUCCACUGACUGCUUCAUUCUGGACCAUGGUUCCAAUGGCAAGAUAUUCGUUUGGAAAGGAAAGGAUGCUAAUAAAGAAGAGCGAAGCGCAGGGAUGAAAGUUGCAUCUGACUUUAUAAGUAAAAUGGGCUAUCCAAAACACACCGAGGUCCAGAUCAUACCUGAGAAUGGAGAGACUCCUCUUUUCAAACAGUUCUUCAAGUUCUGGCGCGACGUGGACCAGACGAAAGGUAUGGGACAGGCUUAUGUGUCUAACAAAAUCGCCAAGAUCAAGAAAGUGCCAUUCGAUGCAUCCUCUCUUCACAAAUCGGAUGCCAUGGCUGCACAGCAUGGGAUGGUGGAUGACGGGAAAGGGGAGAAAAGGAUGUGGCGCAUUGAGGGAUCCGACAAGGUUUCUGUUGACUUGUCAGUCAGUGGACAGUUCUAUGGAGGAGACAGUUACAUCAUUCUCUACACCUACAAGCACGGGGGACGCCAGGGCCAGAUUAUAUACAUAUGGCAGGGGGAGGAUUCCAGCCAGGAUGAGAAAGGAGCCUCUGCUAUCCUGGCUUCACAGCUUGACAAUGAGCUUGGUGGGAGCCCAGUGCAGGUAAGAGUAAUCCAAGGCAAAGAACCCCAGCACCUCAUGAGUCUCUUCGGAGGUCAACCAAUGGUGAUCUACAAGGGUGGAACUUCACGAGAGGGUGGCCAGUCAAAGGCUUCUGAUGUGCGCCUUUUCCAAGUGCGUGCCAACCCCGCCGGACACACGCGAGCUGUUGAGGUUGAUGCUGUGGCCUCUAGCCUGAACUCCAACGAUGCCUUAGUUUUGGUGACUCCGUCAGGCUCUAAGCUGUGGAUGGGUCAGGGUAGCAGUGAUGCUGAGAAGAAUGGAGCAAAGAAGCUUGCCACCAUUUUAGGAGUGAAUCUUUCUGAGAUAAAAGAAGGAUCAGAGGGAGGUGACUUUUGGAGUGCUCUCGGAGGAAAAGCAGAGUAUCGUACAUCUGAAAGGCUUAAGAACAAAACGGACUCUCAUCCACCCAAACUGUUUGCAUGCUCUAACAAGACAGGACAGUUCCUUAUUGAAGAGGUGCCAGGAGAGUUGACUCAGGAUGACUUGGCUCCCGAUGAUGUCAUGAUCCUGGACACCUGGGAUCAGGUCUUUGUUUGGAUUGGAAACGAAGCUAAUGAUGAAGAGAAAAACGAAGUGGCUACUUCAGCUGCCAAAUAUAUCGAAACGGACCCUUCAAACAGGGAUAAGAGGACACCUAUUGUUACAGUGAAGCAAGGCUUUGAGCCCCCCACUUUCACAGGCUGGUUCCUGGGCUGGGACCAUGAUUUUUGGAGCUCUGAUCCAUUGGAACGAGCUUUAGCUGGAUUGAAAGUGUAAUCUUAUGUUGGAGUUCAGCACACUGGGUUGUUUGUGUCUGUUUUUUUUGGAUGUGAAUGCAAAUGCUUUAGGCUGAUGGUUAACACGGCAUACUACAAAUCUUAACAUCAUCUACUUGUUUGUAUCACAAUCUAGUUUUACCUUCUUGUGAGAUCAAUAAACACUCAGAACCCGGUUACA